AUGGAUUUGAAAUCGGUUUUUUUGAAUGGGUUUAUUGAAGAAGAGAUGUAUGUUCAACAACCCAUAGGCUAUGUUAUAAAGGAGCAAGAAAACAAAGUCUUGAUAUUGAAGAAAGCUUUAUAUGGCUUGAAGCAAGCACCAAGGGCGUGGAAUAAGCGAAUUGACAAAUAUUUUCAAGAUUAUAAUUUUUCAAAAUGCCCAUAUGAACAUACUCUUUACUCCAAAUUAAGUGAUAAUGGAGAUAUAUUUUUUGUUUUCUUAUAUGUAGAUGAUUUAAUCUUCAUAGGUAGCAAUCCAAAAAUGUUUGAAAAUUUUAAGAAGGUUAUGGCUCGAGAGUUUGAGAUGACGGACAUUGGCAUCAUGGCUUAUUAUCUUGGCAUUGAGGUCAAGCAAAUGAAGGAUGGAAUUUUCAUUCACCAAGAAGGCUAUGCUAAGGAAAUUCUCAAGAAAUUCAAGAUGGAAGAUUGUAAAUUGGUGAACACGCCUAUGGAAGUUGGAAUUAAAUUGUCAAGAGAUAAAGAUGGAGAGAUAGUGGAUCCAACAUUUUUCAAAAGUCUUGUUGGAAGCUUGAGAUACUUAACUUGCACAAAGCCGGACAUAUUAUUUACGGUUAGGCUUGUUAGUAGACCCACCAUAACUCAUUUCAAAGUGGCUAAGAGGAUUCUUCGUUACAUCAAAGGUACCCUUGAUUUUGGGUUAUUCUAUUCAUUUUCUAAUGAUUUCAAACUUUUGGGUUAUUGUGAUAGCGAUUGGGUCGAAGAUUUGGAUGAUAGAAAAAGUACUUCGGGCUAUUAUUUUUUAAUGGGAAAUACUGCUUUUACAUGGUGUUCAAAGAAGCAACCCAUUGUCACCCUUCCAACUUGUGAAGCGAAAUAUGUUGCAGCCACUUCAUGUGUAAUUUUGGGAGCACAAGAUGUGUGGGAAGUUGUUUCUAAAAGUUAUGAUGAGCCAGAAGAUGAGGUAACUUUGUCUCAAGCCGAAAAAGAUGUUUUACAAGCCAUGAGAAAGAAGGACCAAAAGGUGGUGAUGACCAUCCAUCAUUGUUUGGAUGAUGGAAUGCUACAAAAAGUUGCUAGUGCAGAAAAUGCAAAACAACUAUGGGAGAUUCUUCAAAAUUCCUUCUAA